AAAUAUAAUAACCUUAAACGUAAAUCACUUCACUUAUAUUUAUUACUAUUAUUAUUUUUAUAUAAUGGACUCUUUAUUUUACGAAAGCGAUAUUUCAACUAACGCUUUUUCUAAUAAUGAAAUUAAUUCUAAUAAUGAAUUACCUAAUUCUAAUAAUGAAUUAAUUACUUUAUCAGAAAACGACGUUGAAAGUACGGCAAAAUCAUCAAUUAAUUCAAAAGAUUAUAAUAAUAAAUCUUUUCAAUUAAAUGAUGAAAAUAGUUCGAUUUAUAUUUUAAAAGAAGGCUUAUUUAUUCGAACUUUAUUACCUAUUAACCCUAAUAAAGAACGAAAGAUGAUUGUUAAAUGUAUAAGUUAUCAAUAUUCGAAAACUGUUAAAGUUAAACGCUUUCAAUCUUUUAAUUUUGUUAAACAUUAUUAAUUUAAACAUUUAAAUAUUGCUUAUAAUAAAGCAACGGAAAAAACAAAAUCAAAGAGGAGUUUAUUAUAAAUCGAAAAACUAUGGAAG